AUCUUAAAAAAAAAUUUCGCGUUAAUUUAAUUGAUUUUAAAGAAAAUAAAUUUAUUGAAUGAUAACAAUUUCUUGAUCUAAUUUUUCAAGCCAAUAUUUUUUAAUUUUGUUGAAACCAAAAAGUGAUCAUCAGCACCAGAUACAGAUACUUAUCUACUUGUAAUAAAUUCACUUAUUUAAAACGCAUCCAUUGCGUAUAUCGAGAGAAACAUUAACAACUUGAGGCCAUUCACCUAGUUUUCAUAUUAACUCUGCUAAAAGAUUUGUUUUUAUGUUUUGUAUAGCUAUUUGUUUUUAUUGUGUUUUAUAUCGAUAAAGACUUAAGAAAAAAAAGAAUCUAUUUUUGCAUUCGACUAACGUGAUAAGACCUCGCUGAGAUUGUAGUACACUCGAGAGCAGACCGUGUUUACAACAAAAUAUAGAAUUGGUAUCGCUGGCGUUCGAGUUGCAUUGGAAUUUCAAAUAAUACAAACAAAAUAAAAACAUCGAAUCGCACAUCAGAAGAACAUAAAUUAACAAAAAAAAUAAUAAUAAUAAUAAAAACCACAAAAUGGUGAUCCAUCAGCAAAGUCCAGGCCAACAACGGCCCAUAGUCGACCUUUUAGUGGCAUUGAUUGCAGUUCCCAUUCUCAUAAUGUGUGCGCUGCAGUUGGAGAAGCACAUGCAGGGUCGAUGGGAAGAAAGUUCAGAAACACGAUGGCUAGUUUUUGCCCUUGGAGUCAGUAUGCUGCUGAUAAGUGUACUAAUAUGCGGCUAUGUCACUCACCGCAUGGGUGUCUGCAUGUGGACUGGACCACUUGAAGAUUCCUCUUCUGGAUUUUCAACAAACAACACCGAUAACAAUAAUAUACAACACAUUAACUCUCAAAAUGACAUUCUUCGAAUUGUGGAUUCACUGCCGCCAAGCUAUGAGAGUGUGGUCAAAUGUGAUAUCCCACCUCCAGCUUAUGAUUGUGUGAUUGUAAAUAUGGAGCAAUGCAAGGAGGAAGAAGCCAAUCGAAAGACGACGACGACGACAGCGACGUCUCCACCACAGGGAGUCGGUUCGUUGCACAUGUGAAAAGGGUGCAUUAAACAAAUCCUGCCAAAAACAUAAACAAAAACAAAACGGAUAUUGAUGCCUUUAAAAUAACUUCCUGUUUUGAAUUAGUAUUUUUAUUUAUUUGUAAUUUUUCUUACAAAUAAAUUUUAAAUGUGUAUAAAUGAAAUAGUGUGAAUGUGAACGAGAAAGAAUGAUUGUGAUAUUGCAAGUUGUGAGUGUUUGUUGUUAAAUAUUAAUAUUAAAUAUUAUAGUUACCUACAUAAUAUACUUAAGAAUUUAGGUGAGAAUGCUGUGAAUAUUUAAUUUAAUUUUCUACUUACUUAAUGUGUAAAUAUGAGUCUCCUGUAUUUUCUUUUAUAUGUCUAAAUCUAGUCUGAGUUUUUUUUUUUAAAUUAGUUGAAUAAGUUAGUAUUUAAUGUAUCUGAGCCAAAAAAUAAAAUGAAUUUU